UUAAGACGGAAAGGUGAAACUUCAACGUUCCAGACAAAAUUCUUUUUAUUCUGUCUUCACCAUGCUCACAUAAUUCCAUACCUCACUGUAUGUUCUCUGUCAAAAGGAUUGUAUGCUGUGAAACGUGUACUACAUUCAACGAUGCUGCGAUUUAUUCCAAGGUAAUAGAUUAACGAGGCGCCACCCGAAUGCAUAAGUUUCUCCAAAAUAUUACAAAUAUCUCAAUUGUUAAUCAUCCUAAGUGAUUUCGUUCUGGACAAUGUGGAAGGUGAAAGCAAGCAAAAAUUCUAAGAAAACAAUCCUCAAGAUUACUUCUUCAAGAGUCUGCCUUCGAAGGUUCAUCAUUUUCACGUGUUUACUCGUUUUGAUGACAAUGAUUACUACAAUAUGUACGGCGACAAUAACGGCACUCCAAAGACUGUAUGAUAUUUUCUACGUACCAUUUGUGUUUAUUGUACUUGGCAUCCUCUCUGUGAUAGUGUUUACUUAUGUGGAGGAAAUUCAAGAGCGUUUUCCAGCUAAUUAUGCUUUCAUGGCACUUUGUAUUUUAUUUGAGUCUCUCGGAUUGCCUGUUCUGACGAGGUCUUUGAGAUGGUGGACCCUUCUAGCAUGGUCUUUGGCGAUAGUUGUAGCUGUGACUGCACUCACCAUCGGAUACAAAAUGGAGAGGCGGAGAAAGAAGGUCAGCAUCAUACUACUGAGCACGGCUGGAGGAAUGAUGGUGUCAGCUAUCAUCGUGUUGAUUGCUCUGAGACUUUCUGGUUUUCUGAAAACAUCGAGUAUAAUUUCUGGAUUAAUCGUCAUUGCCACUAUAUCGAUAGUGCUUUAUAUUAUUGGACAACGUUUACAACGUUGCAGUGAAGAGCCGACGACAAGUCUCCUACCACUUGGGUUAUCUCUGCUCACUUGGUCGAUGAUGACAUUGGUGUACCUUUCCAUAUCUGCAAUGACCAAAGGUGCACUAAGCUGAUCCUUUUUAGAAAGUUUACAUUAGUUGUUCAUUGCCAUAAAUCAUCCAACUUUUUCAUGCUGUUGCUUGUCAUUAUGGAAUAAACUUCGCAGUUAUUUGGAUGAUAUUUAAUUUUUACAAAAAGACAACCCUUAUUUAUGUAUUGUUAGGCAAAACAAUGUCUGCGACAUUUUGAAGGAUACUUGACUCAUACUUUUAAGAAAUAUAUUUAGUGAAGGGGAACACUGUGGCCAUUUUCAUGUGUGUUGACUGUGAUAAAUAUGGUUUCAAUUCGCAGCUUAUAUCAAGGAAAAUUUG